AAACACGAGAUGCUGCAGUUUGAACCGACAAAUACCAAAGAACAACACUUCCUUUAAAAGCCAAAGUACCUCUCUCAAACAUGAUGAUGGGAGUUAGAUGGGACAAUCGAGCAGCGGUUGAGAGAAGCAUGUUCAUUAUGCGGGUGAUGCUGAGCCUGUUUCCUCUGGUUCUUGUGGUCUGGAAUGGUGAGGCGUCACCUGUACAAGACAAACAAUCACACACCAAUGAGAUACUGACCACAGACCAGAAGGACUUGAAGAAGAUGAUGACGGAUAAGGCUGAGCUGAACCUCACUAGUAAAGAACUAGCUGACCCUGAUUUUCUGGGAGAGAAGUCUGUUUUUGAACCAACCCCUCGAGAUAAAUCUCCUUGCAGGCUCUUCUUCUGGAAGACCUUCUCCUCGUGUUAAAACUAGAAAACAGAACAGAGAGAUGAGUCUGUUGAAAUCUACAGUCCUGCCUUUGCAGUUUAACGCAUUGUAUUAAAAUCAAUGUGUAUGUCUUGGCUU